UCCUCAAAUAUUAAAGAUGCCCCCGAAAUCCGAUCCAUCACCAUCUCUCUCUCUCUCUCUCUCUCUCCCUUCAUGGAUCAACCAAACAAUCUCCUUCCUUCGUCUCCCACCAUCUCUUCCCUCUCCUCCUCCGAUCUAGACACUGAGUCGACAGGUUCCUUCUUCCACGACCGCAGCACCACUCUCGGAACCCUAAUGGGCGUCACCUUCCCUCCACUUUCAGUUAGGGUUUCAUCCGGCCGAGAAAAUGCCGCCUCCACCGGUGACGCUGCUACCGCCACCGCCCUGGGCGGCGGAAGGAACAAGAAGCCAGCCGAUCGUCGCCGACACCACGGGAGGCGGUGGUGGAAGCUCUGCAGGGAGGACAGCAGGGCGCCUUCGCUCGCCGAUUUCCUCGAGAUCGAGCGGCGGUUCGGCGACGGCUCCGACAACCGGUUCUUCUACAGCGCUCCAGCGGAACACGAAUCGGCAGGCAAUGGCGCCCUCUUCGCCGACGGAAGGGUUCUUCCGCCGCCGCAGGCGGCAGUCCAGUCGCCGUCGGCAGCGGUUUGUAGGUUUCCGGUCGCGUUUAACGGCAUCUGCUGCGGUGGCGGAGGUUAGAAAUGUAAUCCUCGUGCUUCUUCUGAAUUUUUUAAGAAAUUAGGAAAAAGAGAAGCUUUUUUCUCUGCCUUCUGUUUUGGGGUAUUUUUGUAAUUUUCAUUUCUGAAUUUGUUAGUUUCUCCCCAGAAGGGUAAUAUAGUAAAAAUAAGUUUUCUCA